AACAUUAAAGAAUUUCUCAAGGAAAGGAAUGAAAAAUAUUCAAAGCAACACUUUUUUCUAUUACACGUGCACAGUCAGUACGGAGUAGUGACGCGACCUCAUCGAUUAUCUGUUAUAGCUGGAUGCUCGGGUCGUUUAAAAAAAACUAUUACUUGCAUGGAGUAUAAAGUCUUAAGAAUUGUACCACAUAGUCAAUUUCAUCGACAUCGCGGUAACGAUAUUGCUCUGUUAAUUUUGGAAACUUCAUUUCCAGCAUCCAAUAAAAAGAUUAGUAUCAGUUCAUUGGCAACGCAGCGGCCGGCUAUUGGUACAGUUUGUCAAGCCGUUGGAUGGGGUCAAAUAUAUUGGGACGGCCCGUUUUCAGAUGAAGCUAUUUUUGUCAAUUUGACCGUUACUAGCAACAAUGAAUGCAUAGAAAAUUAUGAUUAUAAUUUUGCGGACGAUCUACUUUGCGUAAUGGGUGCGACUUUUGAGAUUGGUUUGUGUCGCGGAGAUUCCGGUGCUCCCCUCUUUUGUAACAACAAAUUGCAUGGUAUCUUAUCAGAAGGUAAAUCAUGCAAUUCUCUUCAGCCGACAACCUAUUCCGCUGUUAGCGUCCACUAUAACUGGAUUCAUCAUGCGUCUUCCGCUCCUAAAGUACGUCUAUCAUUUAUUUCGAUUGUCAUUGUUUACGUUUCAUACAAUGUCUUUGUAAAAUAAAACAUCUUUUUCCUUUUUGCGAUAUUCUUUGGGAAAUGAUAUCUCUGUAAGCUAUCAGUCGAUGAAGGUGCAAUGUAGAGGGAAUAAAAUUGAAAGCGUUAGCAUGUAUUGGAUUUUAAUGCUUCCAGUAUUCACUUGAUGAGUUUCAUUGCAUAUUGUCUUUAAAAAUUGUAGAGUCUCCCUUCAUGGUGGUUGUGUUUCUUCUUGACUCCUUAAGCCAGUUGUAGUCCGUUAUAUUUAACGUAAGUAAUAACACCAGUUAUCUUUUAAAACGACCUUUUACAGAAACAAUUUCCAGUUUAAGAAAUAUUACUAGUCUCUUUGGUCAUCAUCUUUGGAAUUGGGGUUUGCAACACCGCCUUUACUUUAGUUAUAAUAUUUAUAUUUACAUCGUGCUUGUGAACUUGAAAUCAAAACUCAGAAGAAAUACCAUAGCCCGCGCUAUCACAACUACUCUAUAUUACGCGGACAGUUAUUGGAAAAAUUCAACAGCUUCCAUCCUCCAAUCUUCUCUAUGGGCUAUAUGCAAAACGGUGCAAAUCUCUGCCUUAAAUUCCUUCUUCUUCUUCUAUGGUCUCUCUAAAUGUGAUGAUUCGAUUGCAUGAAGAUAAACGCGUUUAGACGCCCAAGUAUUAUGAUUAUGGUUACCAUUAAUUUCCGCAACAAAAUAAAUUCAAAGAUUAAAGUCUUGAAGCGCUCGCAUCUAAGGCUAUCGGUUUUCAUUAAAACUCUACCGCCCAAGUAUCAGGCAUAAAUUCAUUCAUUCGUUUCGUUGCAUUCAGUUCUGCUUCAGUUCUCUGAUAUGACAAAGAAAAACUUUUUUAAAAUACCACCUAUUCAUUCCUUCAUCGAAUGUAAACUAAAUGCCAGUACUUGGAACGAAUGUUACAAUCUAAUCACAUAAACAAACGCAAGGAGAAUCAAUAUGGUAUAUAGCGUGCCGGGCAAGUUAUAUGAAUACUCUCGUUAAUUUUUGAUCAGAACAAACGUACAUCCGUCCGUAUAUCUUUUCUGUAUAUUUUUCUUCUUCUUCUUCGUCUUCUUCUCCUUGUAAAGUUAAGAAAAACAACAUUAGAUGAUUCAUUGCUUUGCGUGGAAAAGAUUCAAUGAGGAAAAUAAAUUCAUUUCCAAAACGGUUUGUCUUGUAGAUAUGAAUUUACGAUAUUUGAAGUUGUUGGUUAAGGGUCUCGUAUGUUAGCAAACAAAGAAAUUAUUAUAAACAAAAUUUUUUCUAAUUAUUUUAACAGUGUGAAUAUAGUACAUACAAUUUUACAUGGAAAAGAUGUAUUUUGAUGACAAUACCUGAAUGAAAUGUUAACAAUAGCAAUUAAAAUGUCCAGUAAACAAAUGCAAAUAUCAAAAUAUUGAUAUAUAUAUAGCUUGCGGUUCCGUCUUCCAUAACUCCUCCAUCAAUUCAAAU